UUCAUCUCAGAGAAGAAGAUAUGGCAGAGAUUCAUAGCAAUGGAAGCUCCAAAUCUUCUGCCAAAAUCCCCAAAAUCAAGUUCACCAAGCUGUUCAUCAAUGGAGAAUUUGUCGAUUCAGUUUCAGGAAAAUGAUGAAACAGGAAGAACGUUUGAGACGAUUGAUCCACGAACAGAAGAAGUGAUUGCAAACAUUGCAGAAGGAGAUAAAGAAGAUGUUGAUUUAGCUGUUAAGGCUGCUCGUUUUGCCUUCGAUCAUGGMCCUUGGCCUCGCAUGUCUGGCUCUGAAAGGGGAAGGAUAAUGAUGAAAUUUGUGGAUUUAGUCCAAGAAAACCUGGAAGAAUUAGUAGCGUUGGACGCGAUCGACGCAGGCAAGGUGUUCGAGCAGGCGAAGGCCGGGGAAAUGCCUUUUGCAGCCAGCAUUCUUCGAUACUAUGCUGGUGCGGCCGAUAAAAUCCAUGGGAAGACGAUGAAAAUGGCGAACCAAUUGCAAGGCUACACGUUACAUGAACCUAUCGGUGUCGUUGGUCAUAUUAUCCCGUGGAACUUCCCUGCCGGGAUGUUCUUUUUCAAAACCAGCCCGGCUAUGGCUGCAGGGUGCACCAUGGUGGUCAAACCGGCUGAGCAGACUCCCCUUUCGGCUCUUUAUUGUGCCCAUCUAGCUAAACUGGCGGGUAUCCCUGAUGGGGUGAUUAAUGUCAUAACGGGAUUUGGAACCACAGCCGGAGCUGCCAUCAGCUCCCAUAUGGAUAUCGAUUGCUUGAGUUUCACUGGGUCGACUGAAGUCGGACGAGUUGUAAUGCAAGCUGCCGCCACUAGUAAUUUGAAAGCGGUCUCUCUCGAGCUCGGAGGCAAAUCCCCGCUCAUAAUCUUCAAUGAUGCAGAUGUUGAUUCAACCGUCAAUCUUACUCUUUUGGGCGGUUUUGCUAACAAGGGAGAAUUUUGCGUGUGUAGCUCGAGGAUCUUCGUCCAAGAAGGGAUAUAUGAAGAAUUCAUAACUAAGUUAGCGAGAAACGCAAAAGGGAUAAACGUUGGCGAUCCCUUUGAUCCCUCAACUCAUCAAGGACCUCAAGUCGAUAAGCAACAAUACGAGAAAGUACUUUCGUAUAUCGAACAUGGAAAGAGACAAGGUGCAACACUGCUAACCGGUGGAAAGCCGUGGGAGAAAAAAGGAUAUUAUAUCGAGCCAACGAUCUUCACAAACGUUACAGACGAUAUGCUUAUUGCAACAGAUGAAAUUUUCGGCCCUGUUAUAUGUGUUUUCAAGUUCAAGACGGUUGAGGAGGCGAUCACGAGAGCGAAUUCUACACGAUAUGGUUUAGCGGCAGGGAUAGCGACCAAGGACUUGAACAUAGCGAACACGGUUUCGAGAUCACUUCAUGCUGGUACCGUUUGGAUCAACUGUUAUUUGGCAUUCGAUGCAGACGUUCCUUACGGAGGGUAUAAAGGGAGCGGAUUCGGAAGAGAAUUUGGAAUGGAAGGGUUAUACAAGUAUCUCCAAGUUAAAUCUGUUGUCACUCCGGUUCAUAAUUCUCCCUGGCUAUAAAAGUGACGAGGCUCGAUCUUGACAUUUUGUAGACCUGGGACGUUUGAAAGAACGGACCUUCAUCUGUGAACUCGAUUCUUGACGAUUAAUUUCAUCAUUGUCAUAUCGUCAUUAUGUGUACUCUUUCAUUCAAAAACUCCAGACUUUAUGAGAUCCGUGAUAAUUUCUACCGCAAGGUUUUAUUUCACA